ACACACGGACUGAAACAGCUGAUGCGCUGCGACCAAUAUGCGACUGUCUGGCAACUCUGCACUGCGUUUCUGGUGAAACAAAUUUCUACAAAAUAAAGGAUUCAAUAAAAGAUUUUUAAAUAUGGUGACGACAUUGCCAGCCGGUGCCGUGGCAAUUUGGAUGCAAAAACUAAAAAACGGGGCUUACAGGUCUAUCAAAAUCCUGGAACGAUGUUUGCUGACGCUAAUGACAAAAGAUGAAGCCUCUCAGGCAGUAGAGAAUGCAAUCAAGGCUGGCAUUCUAGUGCCAAAAGAAAAAGGUGCAUUCACCAAAGGCAAACAAGUAAUGCUUUGUUUUCCACAGAAGCUGAGCAAGCAUAAAUCGCUAAAGUAUGAUCCGUAUUGCUUUGAGUGUCAAUUGCCCAGUGCUGGACCAGUACAGAAAUGUCUCUUGUGUACGCGUUCUUUUCAUGCUGACUGUCAACGUAAGAAACCCAUACAUCCAAAUUACUCGGUGCCCUCGGACAGGUGUCAACCACAUCGUCUUCCCCUCAACGAAUCUGAUAUGGAGGAGUCAAGCAGUGAGGAUGGUACUCCAAAUGACAGAGUAACACCGCCACCUAGAGUAGCAAUAGAACAGGAAGCUACCUACGAGGUUGAUUGCAAUAGUAACAUCAACAUCAUCUCCAGAAAUUCAUUCAAACACGAGCCGGACAGUGCAGAUGAUGUGUAUUUCGUUAGUGAGCAACCAGCGCGUCAGCGCAAGCGAUGCAGUCCAUAUAUCAAAAGCGAGCAAGCUCCAGAUAACGAGGCUAACGACGAUCUGCAACUGUGUACACCGUGCCGCCUGCUAAAGUUGGCCGAUUUGCUGAAUCCGCCACACAUGUCCAUUGAUGAGCUAAACUGUCUGCUGAACUACGCGUGGCAGAAGCAUCACAGCUGGAUUGAUAGAGAUGUGCGCAAACACAUGACUCGUCAUUGGAGCGAAGGCGACUCGAAUAUCGUUAAGAACUUACUCUUCAAGAACGACAUGCUCGGUAUCUCGGAUAUUUCACAUAGCAUUGAGAUGAAAGAGUACAAGCAUCUGUCGCAGUUUCUUAUCGAUGUGCUUGACCUGCAGCACAAUAUUGGUGUUUUCUUUGGCACCAAGUGCGAGGAGUACAAUGCCACCAAGUGGCUGGUACGUGAUAUCACCCAUGACAUUCGUGAAAUAAGUCGCUGCUCUGACUGCUAUCGUCAUUCCAUGGAGUCGAGCCGAUCUGCAUUCUGGUUUGCCAAACCCUGCACUCAGCGUCAUGAGUUGGUCUACGCCAAGCAACAAGGCUCUCCCUACUGGCCGGCCAAGAUUAUUCGCGUGAUGAGCAAGAAGAGCAACAUAUUUGACGUACGCUUCUUUGGUGGCGAUCAUUCCCGUGCGCUCAUUCCAGCACGUGAUAUACUCCCAAUAGAUGCGGAUAUUUCAAAACUUAAGAUUAAAGCGACACGUCCGUAUAACGCUGCGAUGCGAGAAUACCAAUGUCAUACGAUGUUGCUGCAUCAGCCAAUGCAUUACUUUAGCUUCUCUGCUGAUCCUCGCGAUGCCGACAAUCUCAUUAACCGUGCGCUUUCCCAUUGCAUGGAGGCGAUUGAAGUGAGCUCUUCCAAUAAACGCCCUCGAGCUGCUACGCCCGCUUCGGCUAAGAAACGAAAGCGAGCAACGGCAGUAGCAACUCCCAAUCUGUCACAGCGCCUCCAACCAAAUCGCCGAUCUUCAAUAGCCGAAGGUCAAGAGACGCUGCAGGACAUCACAUUGCAAUUGGAGAACAGCGUUGCAUCUUCGCCAGUUUUUGAAAUGCAAGGAGGAAGAGUAUCAAACUAUCAGGAACUGAUACAAGAAGUUUUCACGUUAAAUGAGCAACUGACUCGAAACAAGGCUGAAUUGGACAACCUAAGAGAUGAGUUAAAGGCGGUCAAACGAAAGAGAUGGUGUCAACAUUGCUUGGACGAAGCUGAAUUCGACUGCUGCUUCACUGCCUCGUACUGCAGCGAUGCUUGCAAGCGGCGGGAUAAACGACGACAUCAAGGAACUUGCACCCACAACGGGCAGACUUAGUUCCAUUUCAAUGCAUUAUUUUCUAAAUAUCAUUUACACAUUGUGGUUUGUUAAACAAGAAUGACAUGUACACAUGUUAGCCAAGUAAUUCACACAUUUUAUAUAGCAAAACAAAACUUUUUUUAUACCCUGCUCGAGAGUAUUUUAAGUUUGCGCAAAGUAUGUAACAUCGAGAAAAAGACGUGACAGAUCCUAUGAAGUGUAUAUUUAUAUUUUUGUAAGCCUCAUAAGAAAGUGAUUUACAAGAGCAAUUUUAAAGCUAGAAACUUGAGUGUUUUAAGUAAAUAUAUUUUAGUUUUUUUUUUAAUUCUUAUUUAGUACAUAUCGCUUAUUUAAAAACAUGAAUGUCUUCAAGUAAAUUAACGAUAUGUAGUUGCUUCCAUAGUUCUUAUUAGAGCAAGGUAAACAGAAAUUAUAUCCAUCGGGUUUAACUAUUUGUAAAUAUAAAAUCCUAAUACUUAUGUGAUUAUUUAAUUUUGAAAAAUAA